AUCGUGGCUCCGUUAGCAUCCAGAGCUAGCGGACUGGUUGGGGGGAACGCGGUGUGGAGGAAGGCGUCCUGCGCACUGUAGGCAGAAAGAUAUCGGCGACUUCAAAUAUCCCCAGCUAAUCCUCGAGCUAACCAUUAUCCCUCCAUGCUGUCCGCGAAAGGAAGAUAACGGUAAUAACCCUGCACUGCCACCAAAAUUAGCCACCGUGCAAGACAGAUUAAGGGGAAACUGCGUUUUGCGCGAGGAGUCUUCCUUUGAAGCAGCAGCAGCAGUUUUCUGCUCGGAAUAUUAACAAAAUAUAGCUUCAACCUCAACCAACGUGACUUCUUGUGAGAAUGAGGUUACCGAGGCAUUUUGCGAUGGAGGGAGACGGGAAGAAGAUGGACCUAGCGCCUCCGUUCAGAAACCCUUUUGUGCACGUCUUGAAAUUCACCCCUCUGGAGAAGGCAAAGAUUGCAUUAAUGACAGUCACACUGUUCCCCAUCCGUCUACUCAUAGCAGCAUUCAUGAUGCUGUUGGCUUGGCCUUUUGCCUUCCUGGCCUCAGUAGGGCGCUCAGAGACCACCGUCGAACCCCAGUGCCUCUGGAGGAGAGUGGUGGACAUAAUUCUGAAGAUCAUCAUGCGGGUCAUGUGGUUUGCGGGGGGUUUCCAUUGGAUGACCGUGAAAGGACGAAGGGCACUGCCCGCAGAAGCACCCAUCCUCACCCUGGCGCCCCACUCGUCUUACUUUGACGCCAUCCCAGUCACUAUGACAAUGGCCUCAAUUGUCAUGAAGGCCGAGAGCAAGGAUAUACCUCUCUGGGGCACUUUGAUUAAGUACAUCAGGCCAGUGUUUGUAUCACGGUCAGACCAGGACUCGAGAAAAAAGACUGUGGAGGAGAUCAAACGCAGAGCCCACUCUGGAGGGGAAUGGCCUCAGAUUAUGAUAUUUCCAGAGGGAACAUGCACCAAUAGAUCCUGCCUAAUCACCUUUAAGCCAGGGGCCUUCAUCCCAGCCGUACCAGUGCAACCUGUCGUGAUUCGUUAUCCUAACAAACUGGACUCAAUCACAUGGACGUGGCAAGGACCUGGAGCGUUUGAAAUCUUGUGGCUGACACUCUGCCAGUUGCACAACGAGUUUGAGGUCGAGUUCCUCCCCAUCUACACACCCUCAGAGGAGGAGAAAAAGAACCCUGCUCUCUUUGCUAUUAACGUGAGGCGUGUCAUGGCCAAAGCCCUGGGGGUACCCAUCACAGACUAUUCAUUUGAAGACUGCCAGCUGGCCAUGGCAGAAGGCCAGCUGAGACUGCCAGUCGACACCUGUCUGCUGGAGUUUGCCAAGCUCGUCAGGAGACUGGGGCUGAAACCCAGGAACACUGAGAAGGUUCUGCAGGAUUAUGGGAACAGAGCCAGGAAGCUGGAAGGUCAGAAGCUGGACUUGGACGCCUUUGCUCAGUUCCUCGAUGUGCCAGUGUCAGAGAUGCUGCGAGACAUGUUCGCUCUUUUUGAUGAGCACGAAGAUAACUGCAUGGAUAUCAGAGAAUACGUGAUAGCCUUAUCUGUCGUAUGCAGACCUGCCAAAACUCUGGAAACGAUGAAAUUGGCCUUCAAGAUGUUUGAGGCAGAGGAGGACGGCGCCAUCACAGAGAUGGAGUUGGCAGUUAUCCUGAAGACAGCUUUAGGGGUGACUCACCUCAGCGUGUCACGUCUGUUUACCGCCAUCGAUCCUGAAGACAAAGGGAAGAUCACAUUCGAUAACUUCAGAUGCUUCGUGGAGCAGCACCCAGACUUUGCUGAAGAGUACCUGUACACAGAAAACGCAGGCCUCCACAGUCACCAGACAAAUCCCAGCCUGUCUUCCCAGGACCUGCAAGGCACUGCCACCACCAAAACAGCUAACGGUAUCUGCCCCGACUUCAGCCCCAACGACCAUGACGGCACAAUAGAUGGACUCCUCAAGAAACACAACUAAAAGAGUUUAAAAUUUUAGAGGGAGGAAACGAACACCUCUCCUGGUGAGAGUGUGUUGUGCGUUAGGGCAGGGGGUAGUUGUAAGGAACUUGUUUGAACAGUAAGGGACUACAUUUCAGUAACCACAACUACAAAAAUGAAGAAGUUUACCUUACCCUUUUUUUUUUAUUAGUAUUGUAUCCAUGAAUUUUUGAGGUUAUUUUCAGCCUGGUAACGAGUUUAUUUUAUUAUUAAUUCCUUUUUCUUUUUUUUUCUUUUUUUCUUUUUUCAUAGCAAGGAUUGUCAAAAUGCCAAACAUGGCCGUUUCAGAAACAAUGCUUGAAUACUCGAAGGGCAAGCACUUAUGUAAAUUCCUGGGGCAAAUUUUCUUUUCUUUUAUUUUUCUUUUCUCUCCAACAUAGUGCUAAAUGUGCAUGUUUUUAACAUGAGGUAAGCAAGACAAAAACAAAAGCCCUAGACAGUCAAGUGAACUAAUUUUUAGUGAAAUCAGUGUUGGAUUUUCUUUUCUUUGUAACUUUUAUUUGUUUCCUCUCUUUAAUGGUAGCUGCCUUUUUAACUGAAAGUGCAGAAUGCAUGGGCUCAUGUUAUUUUGAGCAGUACUGAGGAUUAUUUAUCUAAAGAAGGGAGGCCUGAAGGUACCGGUGACAAUUGUGUGACUGCUUUGAGCGUAACGCUCCAGCAGCCACAUUUGAGGUGAACUCGGGCCUCUUGUGAGUUGACGGUCAUAAUUGCUAUGAGCCUGUUACAUAUACAGUGAUAUAUUUGAUUUAGCUCAGGGUUCAGUGACAAAAAUGAAAAAUUUAACUUGUAUGAUGUCAUCAUUUUUGGCACUCACUGGGUUAUGUGCAUGUCUUCGUUUCUUACGACAUCAGUACUCUUCUGCCCAGUCAUUCCUCACUCACAUCAACGUCACAUUUCUUUCAGGUCGGCAAAUUCAAGUGUCUUUUUUUUAUUGUUGAAAUUACACAACGUGGACCAAAAAUACAUUUGGGUGAUUUAACGUCACCUGUCAUGUUUUGUACUGUCCUUUUCAGUCAGUGGUGUAAUGGCUGUAAGCGGGCGGGAUUCACAAUGUGUGGCCAGUGAAAGCACAUUCAGUUAGGUGGCUUUGUUGGGUUUUCUAAAGGCAAGGUCAUACUACUUCCCUCUCUAUCAUACACUGCAACAUUGUUAUUCAUUCCCACUGUUUUCACAGCAUAUCCUCAGCCGGUCUGAAACUCCUACUGUUGAGAUGUUAAAGGAUUUAAUAAUUAAACAUUCAUCAUUCACUGUUAGUGAUGGUUUAAAAGAGACCCAAGCGUCUUUGCAUCUAAUCACAGUCAAGGGACCAGUAGAAUUGGAAACUAUCGACCUUUAGUAAUAUGUACGCCUUGUUGUUUUCUCUAAUAGUUGUCGAAUUGGCACACAGAUAUUUAGUCACUGACAGUGAUUUAAACAUCUCAGUGCAUUGAUACGCCUGUAAUCACAGGUCAGGUAGGCCUGUUUAAGAUUACAAAUUUUCAUCGUAAAUUGGUAAAAUAAUGGAGUUGUUCAUUAGCCUUUUGUGGUCUUAAUAUUGCAACCCUGAUUCCAAAAAAAGUUUGGACGCUGGGUAAAACGUACAUAUAAACAGAAUGCAAUGAUUUGCAAAUCCUUUCAACCCACAGUGGGGGAAAUUAUUCAACAUGUCUUUUAUUUUUUUAUUAAACACGUUUUUAAUGCAGCUAUUCGUGUGAAAUUUAGACCAGACAAUGGUAUUAAGUCAAUAAAACUACACCAAUAAAGAAAUUGUAACAUUUCAAUCCACAAAAAAUUAUGUGCAAUAAAGUGGAAUGAUGCAGGAAAAAAGUUUUGAACGCACUAAAUGAAAUUUAUUUAAUACUCUGAGAACGUUUCCUGUAUGGAAAAACUAAUCUCUCACACUGUAUAGGAUAUUUGGCCAAUUCUUCCACAUGAGCAGUCUUCAAGUCAAGAUUUUGAGGGGCCCUCUUGUCAAUCUUAAAGAAAUGUCACUUUUAAAAUGGCAACAAUUAGCGUCCUUAGUCCCCGAACACUUAGAGUGUUAUUAAAAGAAAAUGUGCUGCAACACAGCAGUAAAACAGUGUGUUGCAGUAUUAAUUUCAGAAUUAUUGCAUACUUAUAAAAACAAAAGUUCAUCAGUUUGAUCACUAAAUAGCUUGUCUUUCGAAAAGGGAUUUGCAGAUCAUUACGUUCACUUAUUAUCUACGUUUUACAAAGCGUCCCGACUUUUUACAGUAUCUGGUUUGUCUUAAUAUUUUAGGACACAGUUACCUUGAUUAUUACUGGAAAGAAAGUCGUAUUAAAACUUUGCAACACCCCCCUAACAUUUUUUAAU